AUGUCGAAGAGGAAGAUUACUGUGAAGAGCUGCGAUGACCAAGUGUUUGUGGUCGAUGAGGCCGUUGCCGCUCACUCGCCAAUUCUCAGCCUCUUCUUCACCGACGAGAAUCAUUCAGACGAUCCAAUCAGCUUCUCGAGGAUGAUCAGUGGUAAAGUUCUGUCUCUAGCAAUCAAGUACUGUGCCUAUCAUGCUGAUCAUCGUCAGGUCAUCGCUUCUUCUUCUUCUUCUGUGGAUCCCCUCAUCAACAGGAAACAUGUAGCUGAAUGGGAAUAUGAAUUCAUCAACGAUGUUGCCAAGGACAAGGACACGCUUUUCUAUUUGACUAAGGCUGCAAACUAUCUCAACAUUGAAGGCCUCUUGAAUUUGGCGUGCAAGAAUCUAGCAAGCUUCACUGUAGGUAAAACCCCGGAUCAAAUACGCAUUGUUUUCAGUAUCAAGAAUAUUCAUUAUAAGGAAGAAGAUGAGGAGAUUCGUAAGGAACUCGGAUGGCCUGAGUGA